AUGUCAACUAGUCGAAAUACCCAUUGGUGUCACAGAUGCCAGCGUGCUGUCCGGCUUCAUGGCCAAGACCCUGUAUGUUCUUAUUGUGGAGGAGGCUUCGUUGAAGAGCUUGAUAUCUCUCAAGCCACCCCAUUUGAUAUGUUCAGAGCUCACAGGGAUGUUGUAGACCGUGAUCCGACUUUAGACCUCAUGGGUGCUUUCUCUGCCUUGAUGAGGAACCGUUUAGCCGAAAGGAGCCAAGACCGAGAUAUCAUCAGAGGAAGAACCAUCAGCAGCUCUGGUCCUGAAAACUUCCCCAGCUUAGCUCCUUUGUUGAUCUUUGGUGGUCAAGUCCCAUACAGACUCUCUGGAGACAAUGCAGUCGAAGCUCUCUUCAGUGGCGGCUCACCUGGUAUCGGCAUUACACGUGGUAACACUGGCGAUUACUUCUUCGGCCCUGGUCUUGAAGAGUUGUUCGAGCAGCUUUCAGCUGGCACUAGUCGCAGAGGGCCACCACCUGCACCGAGGUCAUCUAUAGAUGCAUUGCCAACGAUCAAGAUUGCACAGAGGCAUCUUGGUUCGUCUGACUCCAACUGUCCUGUGUGCAAAGACGAGUUCGAGUUAGGAGCAGAAGCGAAACAGAUGCCUUGCAACCAUAUCUAUCAUUCUGACUGCAUUGUUCCAUGGCUUGUUCAGCACAACUCAUGCCCUGUCUGUCGCCAAGAGCUACCGUCAGGUAGAGGAUCUUCGAGCAGUCAAAACAGAACCACCACCACCAGAAACUACAGAAGUAGUAGUAGUGGUAAUAGUACCAGUCGUGAGAGCAGCAACAGUGAAAGAAGGAAUCCUUUCUCUUCCUUGUGGCCGUUCCGUUCGUCUUCAAGCUCAAGCUCCACACAAAACCGUGGAGGAGGCUCAAGAAACUCGGACUCAGCCGAUGAGAACCACAACUACCAUCACCAGCAACAGCAGCAACAGUCGCAUAUGGAUUUACGCCUGGAACAAGCAAAGGGAAUGAUGAAUCUAGGAUCGCUAUCUCUGAGCACCACCAAGUCGAGUAAGCCAAUGGUCAACCUUAGCUUCUGGAUUCCGUACUUCACUCAUUGGGGACAGAGCUUGUUGGUCUGUGGCUCGGCUCCUGGACUUGGUUCCGGGACUGUGAAAAAAGGUUUGCUGCUGAAGCCGUCUCAGCAAGAGGAUCAGCUUGUCUGGAGUGGCUCUGUUUCUGUGCCACCUGGGUUUAGCUGUGACUACUGUUACUAUGUGGUGGAUGACUCGAAGAAUGUGCUAAGGUCCGAGUUUGGGAUGAAGCGGAAUCUCGUGGUGCCUGAGACUUUGACUGGUGGAGAGUCUGUACAGCUUCGUGAUCUCUGGCAGAGUGGGGACCAAGCUCUCCCAUUUAGAAGCGCCUUUAAAGAUGUCAUCUUUCGCAACACUUCUGAUGUGAAAGUAGAAAAACCUCUAGGGGUCUUUGAGAAUAAGUCUGAGCAAGAUGAUUCAGUUGUCGUCCAAUUUAAAAUCUGUUGUCCAGACGUUGGAGAGGGAACAUCGGUGUAUGUUCUAGGCACCUCAGGAAAGUUGGGGAAAUGGAAAAUUGAAAAUGGACUUAGACUCAACUAUGUUGGUGAUUCCAUAUAUUGUAAAGUUCAGAAGGAAGGUAACAUAGGUUUUGAAUCUGGUGGAAAUCGGGAGCUUUCUCUUCACUCCACCAGUAGCAAACAGGAAUUCAUAGUCAUGUCAGAUGGUUUGUUUCGAGAAAUUCCAUGGAGGGGUGCUGGUGUUGCAGUCCCCAUGUUCUCUGUUAGGUCAGAAGAUGAUGUUGGUGUGGGAGAGUUUCUCGAUCUGAAGUUGCUUGUUGACUGGUCUGUAGACUCGGGGUUGCAUCUAGUACAACUUUUACCAGUAAAUGACACAUCCGUGCAUAAGAUGUGGUGGGACUCGUAUCCAUAUAGCUCGUUAUCUGUUUUUGCACUGCAUCCAUUAUAUCUUAGAGUACAGGCUCUCUCUGAACGUUUGCCAGAAGGUAUAAAGGAAGACAUUGAGGUGGCAAAGAAGCAACUGGACCAAAAGGAUGUUGAUUAUGAGGCUACCAUGGAAACUAAGCUUUCAGUCGCUAAGAAGAUCUUUGACCUAGAGAAAGACCAGACGCUGGAGUCAAGCUCUUUCCAGAAAUUCUUCUCUGAGAACGAGGCCUGGUUGAAACCAUAUGCUGCUUUCUGCUUUCUCCGUGACUUUUUUGAGACUUCAGAUCAUAGUCAGUGGGGAACCUUUUCUGACUACACAAAAGACAAGCUUGAAAAAUUGACAUCCAAGGACAGCUUGCACUAUGACACUAUAUGCUUCCACUAUUACAUCCAGUACCAUUUACAUGUACAAUUGUCAGAAGCAUCAGAAUAUGCAAGGAAGAAAGGAGUCGUACUGAAAGGAGAUUUACCUAUUGGCGUUGACAAAAACAGUGUCGAUACGUGGGUUAACAGGAAUCUGUUUCGCAUGAAUACGUCAACUGGUGCACCUCCAGACUAUUUUGACAAAAAUGGUCAGAACUGGGGAUUUCCUACUUAUAACUGGGAGGAAAUGUCAAAAGACAAUUAUGGUUGGUGGCGUGCUCGCUUAAGCCAGAUGGGAAAAUAUUUCACAGCGUAUAGGAUAGAUCAUAUAUUAGGAUUCUUUCGAAUCUGGGAGCUUCCAGCUCAUGCCAUGACCGGUUUAGUGGGAAAGUUCCGUCCAUCUAUUCCGUUAAGUCAGGAAGAGUUGGAAAAGGAGGGAAUAUGGGAUUUUGACCGACUAACCAAGCCCUAUGUCCAGAGGAAGUUUCUUGAGGAGAAAUUUGGAGAUUUUUGGCCUUUUAUUGCGUCAAAUUUUUUUAUUGAAACUCAGAAGGACUUGUAUGAGUUCAAGGAGGACUGCAACACAGAGAAAAAGAUUGCAGCGAAGCUGAAGUCACUAGCUGAGAAGUCUUUGUUGCUAGAAAACGAGGACAAAGUUCGUCGUGAUGUCAUUGACAUAAUACGGAAUGUUGUUCUGAUCAAAGAUCCAGAGGAAGCAAGAAAAUUUUAUCCUCGCUUUAACCUUGAGGAUACUUCAAGUUUCCAGGAUUUGGAUGAUCACAGCAAAAAUGUUCUGAAGAGACUAUACUAUGACUACUAUUUCCAACGCCAAGAGGACCUGUGGAGGAAAAAUGCUUUGAAAACCUUACCUGCUCUGUUAAAUUCGUCUAACAUGCUGGCGUGUGGGGAGGAUCUCGGUCUCAUUCCAUCUUGUGUACAUCCUGUUAUGCAAGAACUGGCUUUGGUUGGCCUUCGCAUCCAGCGCAUGCCCAGUGAUUCUGAUGUAGAGUUUGGGAUUCCUUCUAACUAUGACUAUAUGACGGUGUGUGCUCCUUCAUGCCACGACUGCUCUACACUGCGAGCCUGGUGGGAAGAGGAUGAAGAGAGAAGACAACGGUACUUCAAGGAAGUGAUUGGUGCAGAUGAAAUCCCUCCAAGUCAGUGUGUUCCAGAGAUUACCCAUUUCAUUCUGAGGCAACAUGUUGAAGCUCCAUCAAUGUGGGCUAUUUUCCCUCUUCAGGAUAUGUUGGCUCUGAAAGAUGAGUACACUACUCGUCCUGCAACAGAGGAGACGAUCAAUGACCCAACAAACCCUAAACAUUACUGGAGAUACCGUGUACACGUGACACUGGACUCGCUUAUGAAAGACACAGACCUGAAAUCAACCAUCAAGAACCUUGUCUCGAGCAGUGGAAGAUCUGUUCCUGCUGGUGAAGACAAUAACAACAAGAAACAAGAGUCAUAG